ACCAUCUUGGAGUCGAAUAGUGAGAUCGAACCCGAGACGGACUUUCAGAAAGUUAGAUCUGUUUUUUAACAUUUGUUUGAUGCUGUACUCAGUCGAAUGAAGUUACAAAGGAUAGUAUAGUUUACAGACCUCUUCCAAACUUGAGUUGGUGACUAGAUGCGGAUUUAUUGAGGAUUAAACCACCAUGUUUAGUUUCAAGAAGAAGGAUAAAGAGAAAAAGGAGAAGAAGAAGGAGGCCAAGCGAAACAAGGAACUGUCUCAAGAAGAGUUGAGCCGCUUGGAGGACAUAAAAAGGGGCCUGUUCAAGAAGUCAAGCUCUCGUCACAAAUCUGGUGCCCCCGGUCAUCUUCCUGUCAAGUCCCAUGCCUACACUAUCCCUGAAGAACACAGCAAUGGUCAGUUCAGUACGGAAAUCAGUUAUGGGGUCAAUGAGAGGAGUGUCGAUGGUCACAUGACAAGCCCUAGUGGAAGCGAUGCAAGUGGCGCUUCCACGCCUGGGUUUGAAAAGGGGAGCACGGGAGAUGUGAGGAUACUGCCUACAGCAGCACCUCCCUUACAAGAUAUUGCAGAAGAGGCACGGUACACACGACAGGCUUCAUAUGAAAAGAAAAGAAAGUCUUCUAAAGGCAAGGGGAUUCUAAAGUUAAGGUCGUCAAGUCAGGCAUCCAUUGAACAACCUGUCAAUGAGGUGGUUGUGAAGGUUAAUGAUUCGAUGCUGUUAGCACAAAAUACUGCAUUUAAUGAAAGAGUUGGAGAUGAUUUGGAUGGAGAGCACGGGUACAAGCUAUCGCAUCCUAUACCAGAACCAGAACCCCCCGGGGAAAAGACGUUCAAUGUUGACCUACGCCUUCCAGUUGUUGCUCCGCCCAAACCACCUCGUGCAAGGGACGUUAUCCUCAGUCGCCAACCCAAUGGUGGAUUUGGAUUCACGCUUCGUAGGACCAAUAUUGAAGAGCGUUCUGGACCUGAUGGAUCUAUAACCCGGCGACAGGUUCAUUUUGCAGAACCCAGCGCAACACAGAGAGAGAAUGCAACCGGACUACUACCGGGUGACCGCCUUGUGGAAGUUAAUGGAAAUAAUGUGGAGAGUAGCCCUCGUGAUAGUAUUAUUGAAUUGAUUCGCAGCUCUGGUGAUGCUGUGACCCUUAAAGUCCAGCCUAUCCCUGAGCUGAUUGAGUUGAGUAUGAGGUCUGGGAUGGAUGGAUCUGAGGUCCAUCUGGAGGAACAGCUUUUGAAGACAGGAACAUUGGCCAGAAGUGCAAGUCUCAGGCAUAAGGACAAAAAGGUGAGAUUUUUCCCUUAAUUUUGGUCAUUUUUGUUUGAUUUUAAUACAUCAAUGUAUUUUUUAAAUUUGUUGUGUAAAAUUUUAUUUCAUUUGUGAGAAAUAAUCACAAUAUUCAUGGCAGUUUCUUACCUUUAAUAUAGUAUGGGAACAUAAUUUGCUUUUUGGGGAUAGUCAAUGCCUUGAUGUAAAGAGGUUUUCAUAUUGUGAUCGAUCGAUAGGUAUCAAAUUAAGAAAUUUUCCUGAUAUAAAGACAGCACCACAUUUUACAUGGCAGAAGUCACUAAGUGUUAUACAUCAGCACCCAAAAUUGCAAAUUAGAUAUAUAUUUGGGAAAUAUUUUGUCAUAGAAAGUAUUUUCAUGGUGAUAAAACCUCCCUGUUUUAUACCCCAUGAAAACCAGAAAAAAAAAAAAUCAAAAUAAAUUCAUUUUCAAGGUGACAAAAGCUCAUAAAGCAACACCACCCCCUGACAAAUAAAGGGAAGAAGGUUGU